AUGGCCGACUCACCGGAAUCACCACCUCAAUCACAACUUGUCUCUGCUGAUACUACUGUAUCCGCUAGCUUGCUUCCUCCGCCGUCUCUGGGGGAUUCGCUGGUUUCCGGGUCAGUAGUAGAAGAGGGAAACAUUGCGGCGCUACCGAGAAUCUCUUCUACGGCUUCGUUUGCCCCAGAAGCUUGUCACAUUGAGGAUAUUGACUCUGGUUGUGGCCAUGAACACCAGAAACAUAGUAUAUUACAUUCCGCAAAUCAUACCCCUAAUAUUUCUCGGAAUGCAUCAAAGGUAGAUGUUACCCAUGGCUCUGGACUGGGCGGAAAAUUGUAUGAUAGCAACAGCUUGCCGGAGGGAGAUGAGGAUGAAGGCGACAAUGUCGGAGAAGGAGAUGAGGACGAUGGUAUGCUAGAGAUGAAAUUACCCAAUAGCCGUGGCCGCCUGGAAAAUGCCCAAUUGGACCCAUCUAUAGUCGCCGCCACUCAAAUAGAUACAGCCACUCAGAAGCAGGCGAAUAAUCCUCCAUCUUCGCCUCAAUUGGAAUCCCCAGCUCAGGUAGCAGGAUUUUCAAUGACAGAGAUGUCAGAACACAGCUCCUCUCCUUCGGCAGCCAUAACGCCUGAGGGAGCUUUGACAGUAUCUAAUCCCCCGGCACUAACGAGCACUAUAGAAGAGGGAAAGGCUAUGGAAACCGAUUCGACACCACUUUCGCUAAUCCCCGGAGGUCCGGAUGACACAACGAAUAUAAACUGGGAGUUUGACAACAUGUCGGAGCUACAGGCACAUAUAACUGGCCCCGAUCCCUUCGAACAACUGGUAGCGGAGGCGCCAUCUAGAUCAUCUACUUUUCCACCGGUACCUCCACACGACGAGAAUUCAACGACGGCGCACUAUGAAAACGAGAAGGCACUAUUCAAUAUGAUGGCUUCUGAAGUAGCCACCGGUGAUGGGGAUAGGGGUAUGUUUGAUUCACCUAGUGCUGAACACGGCGGGUUUUUUGGUGCGCCCGAGGAAUCAGCAGAAGACGGUUUUUUUAAUAAUAUUUCUCGGGGUGAAAUGAUGGAUGAUAAUGAUAACGUUGCGGCAAUGAUGGGACAAGUGCUGGAUGCUGCUGGAAUUGGCGGCCCCGCUCUAGAGGCCACUGAAAAUGUGCAGAAUGAAGAAGCUCGGGGAACCCAGUUUUUUGAUGAAGAAGUCAAAGUGGAUGAGAUUUUCGAGGUGACUAAAGAAGAUAGCGAUGUCGAACAAGAUCCUGCUCUGGGAUUGCAGAGGAAAUCAACUGAACAGGUUGUGGGUGCCGUUACUCACCCCUAUCACUCUGCGACGGGCAUAGCAGCAAGCAUGGCUACAGUCAACAGUGAAGUUCUGAGCGCCGAUGAUAUGGAACCUAAGAAUGAUUCGCUAUUCAGUACUCUUGCCACAACUGCAGAAGAAUUCGAAGAUGAUUUCUUUGGCAAAAUUGGGCAAAACCCUCAACCAGUUACUUCCCAACCGCCACCAGCUGGGCAAGAUGAGGAUGAGGAUGAUGACCUUGUAGCUAGGUGGAAAGCAGCAUUGGCGGGGGAUGUCUUAGAUGACGAAGAAGGAUUCCUGCCCAGUGACGACGAGGGCUUCCUCCCCGAUUCUGAUGAUGAAAAGGAAAUGGCGUCAGUGCACCAUGCAGAUGGGUCACUACAAGGCUUCUCCAGUUUAUCAACAGGAAAUCCUGCAUUGGCGCAAACCCCAAGUCCUGUACCUUCAACUACGGCUGGAAGAUAUGCUCCCCAGAUACCUCAACCACCCGCUCAAAAGGUCUAUGGAAUGGCGGGAUGGCAACCACAGGUGCCGCAAUCUCAGCAGGCCCUUCCAAAUCCGUACUCACCACAUCCGCCAGUACCCACCUCUACUACGCAAGGAUAUUCGGCUUCUAGCCCGUAUAACUCUUUUGGACAGCCUCCAAAAGUGCCCGAACCUCCAAAAGCGCAAAGUUUCGUUAAUAAGAAGGAGGGAUAUCAAAGCCCUUAUGAUCUCCCCAUGGAUGUAAUCCCCCAGGUUAUCAGGAAAAGAUCUAAUUUUGGACAAGCUGCUUCAGGCCCUGAGGGGUUUCCACCGCCCUCAAGAAGUACUAGCAUGGGAAGUGCAUUCUCCCCGGCCACUGCUGCCGGACCACCGAAGCCAAAGCCUCAACCGCAACAAUUCUUUGAAGAACUUCCUCUACCUCCAAAGUCUAGAGCGACAUCAGCAAUGGGAUAUUCUUCAACUCAGAUGCUGCCGAGGAGUGCGGAGGGAUUUGUACCACUCACUGGACCCCAGAGGUCAGGUAGUACACAGGGCUUUUAUUCUCAGAGUCCUCAAAAGCAAUUUGCACAUCCAGCUAUGCCAUCACCACAACAAGUACAAGCACAACCGGCCAAUGCUGUCAACAGCAGGUACUCCCCUGCCCCAAGGGCGGCAGGUGGGUAUGUUGCACCUCCAGCAUCUGCCCCCGCAGCACAAGGAUAUCAACCUCCACCAGUGCCAGUUGCUGGCCCGAGUGCGAAUGUUCCAUAUGCUUCCCCGAGUGCGCCGCCAGCUGCCCUUUCCAAAUACCCCCCCAGACCUGCAGGACCUCCACAGGCCACAUCCGCCGCACAUUCUCUUCAGCCCUCAGUUCGUCAGCAGGUUACAGUUCCUCUACAGACCUCCAUCCCUCAACCGCCUGGACACGAUGAUGCGCAACUCCCCGCGCUACGACGCUUCCCGAGCGACCAUCACGUGAUGCAUUCAUCAAGACCAGGGACAGCAAGGUCUAUCUCGUUAUCGACUACAAUGGAUAUACCACGAGAAGAAGAGGAAAUAGUAGAAGACGCGCCAAACGCUGCGGAAAAUAGUACAGGUCCUGUCUCUGUGCCCACGGCACCUAACAGUCGUUAUGCCCCACCGAGGGGCCCUGGGACGCCUACUCCCGGGCAGGCUUCGCGCUCAAGUACUUUCUCGCCUCCAUCGGGAUCGCCAAGAUAUAUCGCCGGCUCUCCCGUAGAUGCAUUUUCUCCUCCACCAAGAGCUCAAACACAAUCCCCAGGAAUGGCUUUUGGGAGGAGUCAUAAAACUGCACAACGAUCCAGAGAGCCAUAUGAACGACCAAGCUCAGCGUUCGCACACACCAGUACACACUCUCACUCUUCACUUAAUUUGCACCAGCGAGCGCAAUCCUUGGAAGUCAACUUCAUGGCUCCAACAGAUGAGACUGGACGCGACAUGCUAAAGCGAUGGCAAGGUGCUCCGUUAUUUUGCUGGGGAUUCGGCGGAAAUGUAGCCGUGAUGUUUCCUCGACGUGCCCAACGAUACUCAUCUGAUGGACUGCAACCGAUGAUUAAGUGUUCACCUGGAGAAGUCAAAGUCAAAAAUAUCAAGGAUAUUCUUCCACUCAAAGAAAUAGAAGGCAAAUUUCCGGGGCCUGCCUGGAGUGGAAGCAAAAAUAAAGGAAAGAAAAAGGAAAUGCUGCCAUGGAUGACAAGUAAAAUCGAAGCCUUGGAAUCGGAAUUGGGGGGGCAAGGGAAACGCGCGGAAGAAAAAAUCUUGUUGUGGAAAGUUGUAAGAUUGCUACUCGAGUAUGACGGUGUCCUGGAAGGGAAUUCCGAGGUAGAGAAAGCUGUCAGAGUAGUUCUCACGCCCGAAGUCCUCGCCGAGGGAGAAAGCGAUGCCAACGUUGGAUACGGAUCUUUUACAAUGGUCGGUGAUAUUUCAGCAAAUACGCAAGGUCCAAGUGCAGAUCGAGUCGAUCCUGAGGCAGUCCGGAGUAUUAAAACCAAUCUUCUCAAAGGCGAUCGAACAGCCGCUGUCUGGCACGCAGCAGAUAAGCGGCUUUGGUCACAUGCUCUUCUGAUCGCCGGUACAGUUGGAAAAGAUCUAUGGAAACAAGUGGUACAGGAAUUUGUUAAGCAUGAGGUCAAGACUCUCGGCGAAGGGGUGGAGAGUUUAGCGGUGCUAUAUGAGAUUUUUGCUGGAAAUUGGGCUGAGAGCGUAGAUGAACUUGUCAGUGCUAGCACUAGAAUAGGUGUACCUAUGUAUGGCGGUGUGCCCAAUGGAGCGGAUGAUGUUGAGGAUAAGUUGGACCGAUGGAGGGAGACUCUGGGGUUGGUAUUGAACAACCGGAGCCCCGGAGAUUCAGAGGCGAUAUUGGCACUUGGGAGAUUACUCGUUUCCUAUGGUAGAAUUGAAGCUGGUCAUAUUUGCUACAUAUUUGCUCGCCAAGGAGCUAUGGGAGGCGUUGGGGCGAUUUUUGGAGGACAUGACGAUCCAGUAUCUCAUUUUUCAUUAUUAGGUGUUGAUCCGGCAAAUUUUACACCGAAUGAUGUUGAUGCUGUUAUGCUCAGCGAAGUUUACGAGCUAGCCCUGGCACUUACGGCUACACCGCACCCUGCAUUCCCCCACCUACUACCAUAUAAACUUCAACGAGCUAUGGUCCGUGCUGAAAAUGGGAACAAGAGCGAGGCGCAGAAAUACGUUGACGCCAUCGAGGCUGCCAUGAGAGGCUGGGGCAAGCCAUCUCCAUAUUUUAACGCAGGUUUUAUAGCCAGGUUUGAAGACAUGAAAACAAGAUUAUCAAUUGCACCUAAGGAUAAUACACCUGGGAGUACUACAACUGGCGCUGGAAAAUGGCUUCCGAAGCUGAACUCUGAGGUUGUCGCCACAUCUAUAUGGGAACACUUCCACACGUUUGUCAACGGCGAGAAGGAUGGAGAUGGUAAUGGGGCGGAACCAUCCGGGACUGAUCCUACUGCAGGUCCCUUUGGGAGGAUCUCAAGUGAGAGUCCAGUAAUUAGUAGGGUUCAAUCUAGUGCAGAUCUUUAUGGAGGGUACAACCCCACACCAAACUACGGCGCGAGCCCACCAGCUCCCACAAAUGGAUUCCAGCAGCAGCAACCGUACCAGCCCACUGCGCCUACAAGUGGCGCCGGAAGUAAAUAUGCUCCCCAAUCUAGGGGUUCCUUUGAUAACCCAAGCAAUUCUUAUACUCCGAUGUCCAAUCAUCAGUAUAAAUCGUCGACUGACUCGCCUGGCACUGGAUAUGGGCCUAGCUCGUCGAAUGGAAAUUCAGGCGGGUAUGGGGGUUAUGGGGAGGGAUAUGGCGGGGCUUAUGAACCAAGUGUGCCUAGUGGAAAUCCCUACGGAUCGGGCGGAUACUCGCAGCCGAACCUACAACAGAAUAAUCCCUACGAUAGUCCACAAGAAACCUCCCAUUCAACAACUGAUUACGGGAACUCUAGUACUUAUAACCGCACGAGCUCGUUCGAUGGACAAACCCCCACAGCCCCCACAGCGAGCUAUGAUUCACCUGCCGCACCAGAAACGCCUUCCUAUGGAGGUUAUGAGCCGCCGUCGAGUGGCGGAUAUAAUCCGCCAUCUGGUGGAGGAUAUGAACCUUUAUCUAGCGGCGGUUACGAGCCUCCGAGUGACGGUUUUGUUCCAUUUGAACCUGUAAAGACUGACGACGAUGAGAGUCAUGAUAAACCGAAGCCAAAGAAGAAAAGUUUUAUGGAUGAUGACGAUGACGACGAGCUGUUGAAACAAGCAGAGAAGAUGAAGCAAGAGGAAGCGAAGAAAAAGGCCGAGGAGGAGAAGAAACAGGCUGCUGACUCUAGCGCAAAGAAAGGUUGGCUCACUGGCUGGUUUGGUGGUAAAAAGGAACAGAAUACGCAGGGCCCAAUUAAAGCUAAGCUUGGCGACGAGUCUUCCUUCGUCUAUGAUCCAGACUUGAAACGCUGGGUCAACAAAAAGGCUGGGGAGCAGACCCCUACUGCUGCGAAACCCGCACCACCUCCAAAAAGAACAUCAACGCCAGGUAGCACUGGUAUGCCAUCUAGGCCUGGCUCCGCUGCACCACCUUUGUCUCCACAAGUACCAACUCCAGCGAUGACGCCAAUUUCACCUACUCCUACUACUGCACCAACUACGCCCACCACCUUGUCUGCACCGCCAGCUCCAUUUGGAAGAACCCAAAGUCCUGCGAUGAGUGCUGGGCAAGCAUCGCCAUCUCUUUCAUCGCCCCCAUUAACAGGAGGACCACCAAUUGGAGGACCGCCAAUGGGGGGAUCGCCAAUGGGGGGAUCGCCAAGGGGAGCAUUAACGGGAGGGCCACCAGGCGGGCCGCCCGGUGGGAAGCCACCUGGUGCGGGGCCGCCUAGUAGGCCGGCGACAUCAAUGAGUGUAAGAGGCGGAGAUGCAAUGGAUGAUUUAUUAGGACCACCAGGAGCAAAUGUUAGUAGAAAGAGUACACCGGGAGUGGGUAGGAAGGCCAGAGGCAAAAACCGGUAUGUUGAAGUUAUUCCAGGACAGCAGUAA